AUGAGGUUAUCGGUAUUGCUUUCUUUGGUAUUACUCCCCCUUAUAUCAGCUCAUGGUGAUCAUAAUCAAGAACCUUUGAAAGUUAAACCAGACGAUUUAUCAUGGCAGGAUUGGCACAUGAAGGAAGAACAUGGAUUAGAUGAAUACGAUGGUAAGACAUUCUUUCUCUUACAUGAUUUGGAUAACAGUGGUUUGAUUGGUGCCAAAGAAAUCUUAAACUUAUAUGGGUUAGUCCAUAAAAUCAUUGUUGGAGAUGGAUCAGGUAUGGGUCAAGAAAACAUCGAAGUUACUCCCGAGUUACAAGAUGAAGUCGUCCAGAAUGUUUUGCUGUUAAUUAAACAUUCGAAUCCCGACGGUAUAUCACAAGAUGAAUGGUUAGAAUUUUAUAAUAAUGGAGGUAAAUUGCCAGAUUUUGGAUACGGAUCUGGUCAUCAUUUAGGAUUUGAAGAGGAGUACGAAGAACACCACUGGAACAAAUACCAUGCCAAUGAAGAUCCAGAUGUAAAGAUCAAACACAAAGAAGAUAUUGAACAUGAAUUAUUGCAUCAUAAACAAGAGAUUGAAGAAACACACGACAGAUCGACUCAAUUGAAAGAUUUCACCAAGAAUUAUGUCUCACCAAUCAACAUAGACAACCUUAGGCCAAAGUACAGAAAAAACUAG